CAAUGUCUAAUAGUAGAAGUACAGGAUGACCAACCUGUUAAAACUCACGAUUACCAAAGUUCAACAACUAACCUAUGUAUAUUAAAUGAAUCAACAGUUCAACCAAUAGUAAUUGAAACAACAAUCGCCAGCAAUGAUGGUCAACAGCACCCGCCGGCCCAACAUAUGGCCGAAGCACAGGUCGAGUCAAUCAUACAGUGUUUGAUGGAUAGACUGGAACCGGUGAUAGAUAUUGAGACCCAUCACAGGCCUAACCAUUUGCACAAAGAGUUUCUAUUAGAUGGUCAGUGUUUGGGCGCCGGUCUAUCGGGACUUGUAGUCCGGGCCACCAGACGGACAGACGGUUCCGAAUAUGCCGUUAAAAUGCAUUUUAUUGUCGGCAAAGAGGACACAGAGGACGGGCUGUUACGCGAGUAUUACUGGCGGCGCCGGGAAGUGGACGUGUGGUCGGGUGUGUCGUACGGACAGUGCGUCCAGUAUUACGACUCGUGGGUCGAGAGGGACGAAGAGUGUCGGCAACGGUUCACGCGUUACCUAAACACC